AAAAAAGAACGAUUUUGUAACCGCCAACAGAAAAAACUCAAUCAGUGCAAAUUAGAAGAAAUUAAGAAUCCUUUGAGGAUUUUCUAAAACAAAUCAAAUUUUCAGUGUUAAACCCCGUAACAAACAAACAAAAUAUGAGCAAAUUUGCUUGGGUAACAUUAACCACAAAUGAUACCUAUUCAUUGGGUGCCUUAGUGUUGGCCCAUUCUCUAAGAAGGGCCGGCACCGUCCACCAGUUGGCCGUAUUGGUAACACCCGGAGUUUCAGAGUCAAUGCGCGAAAAGCUAAAAGACGUGUAUAAUGUUGUACAAGAAGUCAAUAUUAUGGACUCACAAGACGCGGCCAAUUUGGCUCUGUUGUCACGGCCCGAAUUGGGUAUUACCUUUACCAAAUUACACUGUUGGCGUUUGGUGCAGUUCGAGAAGUGUGUCUUCCUGGAUUCGGAUACCUUGGUCCUACAAAAUUGUGAUGAGCUAUUCGAACGCGAAGAAUUCUCCGCCGCCCCCGAUGUAAGUUGGCCUGACUGUUUCAAUUCGGGUGUCUUUGUGUUCCAGCCCAGCCAAACGACAUAUGACAAAAUCGUUGAAUUCGCCCUGAAAAAUGGCAGUUUUGAUGGCGGUGAUCAGGGUCUGCUGAAUCAGUACUUUGCCGAUUGGGCCACAAGUGAUAUUAAGAAACGUUUGCCGUUCCUGUACAAUGUCACCGCCUAUGCCUCGUACUGCUAUUUGCCUGCCUUCAAACAGUUCAGAGAUAAAAUUAAGAUUUUGCAUUUCGCCGGUAAAAUGAAACCCUGGUUGAUGCACUACAAUUCCCAGUCGAAGGUGGCCAGCGUACCAACGGAUUAUAGUCAUGCCAACGAUUUGAUCCAAAUGUGGUGGAACAUUUUCUUCGAUCAUGUUCAUGCUCAAUUGAAUACAAAUAUGAGAUAUACAUGUCCCUCGCUAAUACCCUGGAAAAGUAACUAUGACAGUUAUAGAUACCAACAACAUCAACAACAAAUGCAAUAUCUACAGGAACAACAGCAACAUGAAUAUAACAACAACUACAAUCAAUAUAAAGAACAUAUUGAUACAUUUUAUGAGAACAAGGCUGAGAUCAAAUUUCAUGAUCCUUGGGAAGAUUACUAUAGGAAACAGGAAAGGGAGGCCGAGUUGCAAAGGAGACGAGAGGAGGCUCAACUCAUAAUAACCCCGGAACCAGAAAAUAAUACACAUUAUCAGCAUCAACAUUAUAGUGAUAAUAAUUCUCAUUCACACUAUCAUGAAGAACGGCAGGAGGAACAAGAACAAUCCACAAGAGACUAUGAAGAAGAGAGGCAUCACUGGUCAAAUGAGUCUGAAAAUCAAAGUUUCAACAGAGAGCCAGAGAAAGAGCAUUAUCACAUUGAAAUAGUUCCUAAUCAAGAGCAUACAGAUGCUCAUUGCGAACAAAGAGAAGAAGAAAGAGAACACAACUAUCAUGAAGAUAAUCAAGACUUUUGUGAACAAAAUCAACAACAUAAUGAGAACGAGGAGAGAGAACAUGAACAAGAGUAUAGUUCCCAUGAAGAGAAUAAAGCAUUCUCAAGCUCAGAAGAGUGCCAGUGUAACAGAGAGGCUGAAUCAGACAAUAAUUGCAUAUUGCAUUCAAAUGAUAACGAUGACAUUAAGAAUAUCGAUAAUACUGUCAAUGAAAGUACCCAAGUACCAACAUCAAGUGACAAUGCAGACUCCACUGCCGAUCAGUUAAAAGACCAUGAGGCCGGUUUAGCUGGUGCUUUGUCACAACUACGUUUGGGUGAACCCCGCACCCCCGAGCAAGAAGCCUACGAGCAUUUGAUGCGUCGUCAAUGCUGGGAAUCUGGACAAGUUGAUUACAUGGGCCGUGAUUCCUUCGAUAACAUUUGGAAGAGAAUAACACAGACCCUGGAAAAUAAGCCAGCAGAUGAUGACAAAACGGGUAGCUCUUAAAAGAAAAAUUAAAAAAUAAAAAAAACGCACAUACACAGCACACACCAACACAAAUGCAUUCAUACAACUCAUUUAUAAUUUCACUCACCCCAGCACCCAUGAAUGAAAAUCAAAUUUUCCACAACUCACGGGGGAGAAAAUCAUUGCACUCACUCCCCUACAUUGUUACAAUGUAGUUUAACUAUAGAGUGGAUGAAUCUCCCCCAUAAAUUGCACACACAAAGCGUAAAUUCAUUCUUAUCGAUAAUGAUCGAUAACCACUCAUUUCUGCACAAGUUCAUCAAAGAGAACAAUGCAAUACACCACUACCCACCCCCACCACCAACACAACCAACUGCAUUUGUAUAGAAAAGCCCCACAUUUGAACUCAAAUUUUUUUAAAUAGAAAUUUAAGACCCUCAUUAAGUUAUUUUUAUACAAAAACCAUUGAGAAACAUCGAAUUAUCGAUAACAAAAUUUAUUGAAAUAAAAAAUCAAAUCGUUUCACAAAAUCACAAAAGCAUUUGCAUUUCUUUAGAACUUGAGUUGUUGUGUGGCGUUGUAAUUAUCGUAGAGAAAGAGAGAACCACGUUUUGUGAGAGUGCGUGUGUGUGUCUGUUAUGGCCUCAUCAUCGUGUCUUAAUGUCAUUUCGAUUUAAUUAUUAUUAUUAUUAUUUUUUUUUUUUGUAAUUUAUAGUGUGAACGUUUCAUAUGCCAAAAGUUGUGUAUAAAUUUUAAAAACAACACAGAAAACCAGAAUGAAUAAAAUUUUUAUUAUCAACCCUUUUCAAUGUA